UAUUUAAACCUAAUUAUAUAUGUUAAAAAAUAAUAAUGUAAUUUGAAAUUGAAGUGAUUGACUUACAUAUUGAGAGCUCAUUUACUUUUAAUGUAUUUGGAUUGAUUUGCUGAAAACUAAAUUGUAUAUACAAGUUGAAGCUGAUCUACUCAUACAAAAAUAAAAAAUACAAUAAAACUAAAUUGUAUAACAAGUGUUUAUUUUAUGUUCACGAGCCCUCAAGAUCGAUUAGAGUUUUGAUACCUUGUUAGAAAAAUGAAGAGAAUAUUACAGUAGAUGAAUAAAAGAGAUAAAAAGAAACUUUGACAUAUAAUAUUUCAGCUAGAGAAAUAUACUUUUAUAGGCUUAUAAUAAAAUUAAAACAACAUGACAUGCAAUCUCAACUACUGCUAAGUAUUUAAUCAUUUAAAAACCCCAUUAUUGUUCCACUAAAAAUAAAGAAAUAAAAAUUAAUAAAAUACUCAAUGACUUGGUCUUGAAUUAUUCUCAUUACUCUAUUGUUCCAAGGAAAGGGUUGCUUGCUUGAUUCAGGUAUUCCUUUUGGCUUCUUCAACAAACUCUGUCAAUUAUAUAAUUUGUUAUUCUUUCUUUACAGAGCAAAAAAAAAGGUUUAAAUAUGUAAUUAAUACAUUCGUUCUUUUAAAUAUGUAUAUUAUUUUCUUGAGUUGCUUAAAAGUAAUUAUUAUUUUAAAAAAAGUAAAGUAAUUUACUUUUAAAAAAGUAAAGUAAUUUGCUUUACUUGAAUAUAUAUAUACUAUAUAUAUAGACUAAACUUUAUUUUGGCAUUCAUUUUGGUGGGAUUUCUGAGAACUAGUCCAUCUUCAUCAGGUACAAAGCUUAUACUUUGAUCAUUUUUCUGUGAUGGGUUUUAGUCAUCCAUUUAUGUUCUUAGAGUAAUCUUUACCCAGAAGAGACCAAAUCAUGCAUCUGCAUGCAUGAUCUGUUUUUGUUCUUUGUUUAGUUUUUUAUUUAUAUACUACAGCCACAGGUACAGUUGACAAUCAAAGUUUUUAGUUUUCAUUGACUUCCCAAAAUCAAUGUUUAAUCGCCAGAACUUGUAUAUAUGCAUAAUAAAUGGAGUAAUAGAUAAUUCAUGCAUGUAUCUUUUUAAUGUAUGUAUCUCUAUCUUUUUAUUGGAUUGAAAACAUGAAAAAAAAUGGUAUGAAGUAUGAACUAUUGUUGGGGUUUGCAUGAUUUCAUUUAUUGUAAAAUGCCUUUGGGUUCCGGCAACUAUAACCUCUCCAAACGAGAAAUGACUCUACAGAUUGAUACUUAUCUUAAAAUUUUAGUCUUGUCAAAUUCUUCGUAAAGAUUGAUACUUUUCUUACGUUUUUAUAUAUAUUCUUACUAUUUAAACUUGUGUGUUGCAAAUGUUUUGUCAGAUUAUCCGGAUUGUUGUAAUUUUUGACUGUCUAAUUUGUGGGCUGAUUUGAUUAUCAAAAGAAGAAUGCAAUUGAAAGGGUUAGUCGACAAGGAAACGAAUAGGGUACUAUUUGUUGAAUCUGAUGAGGAUUUUGUUGAUGUUCUCUUUAGUUUUCUCACAAUGCCUAUGGGAGCAAUCGUUAAGCUCACGCUUAGUGACCAACCAACAAUUAGAUUAGGUUGCAUGAACAAUUUGUAUUCAAGCAUUGAAAAACUUGAUGUUAGGCAUCUAAGGACUGAGGCAUGUAAAAAAAUGUUACUACAUCCUCGAAAUGGAGCUGAAACUCAGUGCAGGGAACUGAAACUCAGUGCAAAUCGACUGUUUUCUAGUAGUGAACAAUGCUUAUGGUACUUGCAAAGUAGUGAGUCAAUAUAAAGAUAUUAUUUGCGACUGUGGAAGAAGAAUGGAGUCUUAUGCCAAGCGUCACAAGAGUCAGUCAAAGGAUAAAGUUUAUGAUUCUCAAGAUGGUGUCUUUGUUAAGCGACUAACUAGAGUUAUGAUAAGUGAUGAAUUACAAGUGAUGCCUCUAUCAACUGCAUCGAGCUUUUCGUUGCUUUCCAAGCUUGGAGUUAUUGAUGGGAAUGCCAUUGAGGAGAGAAUAUUUGACAUUGGAGUAGAUAAGGUUGUGAAUUUGCUGAAAAGCUCAUUGGUAUCCAAUACAUCCUUGACAGAAACCUUAUUGAAGCCAAAAGAAAUACCUGAAUUAAGCAAGGAAACCUUGAAUCAGCAUAGUUUCUCUUUUAAAACUAAUUUAGGUGAUUACACAUCCAAAGAAAAUGACAAGAUCCUUAUUAAGUUGAUACUCAACAAAUCAAACCAAAAGGUUUGUUAUGCGGAAGUUGGUGAAGAUUUUGUUAAUCUACUCUUCAGCUUCCUUACAGUGCCACUUGGUUAUAUAUUGAAAGAAAUGAAUGGUGCUGCUUCAAAAGGAUGCAUUCAUCAUCUAUACAAUAGUGUUGAGUGUCUUGACGUUGAAAAAUACUUCAACUCAUAUGACCACAGAGAGAUUCUACUAAGUCCCAAGAUUGCUCCUAGCUUCGGUUAUGAGAAUCAGCCUCUAAGGGUAGAGGAAGCUGUUCACCCGAAAUACUACCGUUUGUCAACCAGUGUUGUAAUGUUUUCUGUAGACAAACCUGCUGAUUGUACAGAAAUUGUGUUAAGUGUAAAGGAUCCUAAAUUAUCUCACAGGUUAGCUAAAACUGGCGGAGGAUUUGUGAUGGGACCAGCAAUGUUUACAGUAACUGAUGAUCUGAGUGUGACACCCAUAUCCCCUAUAUCAGGAAUGUCUAUUUUGAGCAAAUUGAAGGUGCCAUUCAAUGAGGUCGAGGAGCGCUCUGUUUAUGUGGGAACUGAGGAGGCUGUGCAUCUCAUGGUGGCUUCUUUUAUGUCGGAAUCUGCGUUAACUGAUACUUUUGUCUCCCAAGUAUCCAAAGUUCCGAAACAAGAAUCCUGAACAUUUCAUCGGUCUUUUUGUGAUAGAAUAAAAAAGAUGUGUUUGUCUUGAAAAAAUUUUGAAAAAUAAAAAUAUUGUGAUGUGAUAAUCAAAAAAAGUGUCAAAAGGAAAAUAAGACAGAAACGUUAUCAUCCAGCCCUUUGUUCAUUAAGUAGGAUAAAAAGAAAGAUAACAAGAAACGUUGAGAAAGGAAAGGUGCGCAACUUUUUGCUGUUUUGUAAUUCAUUAUUGAUGAAUGCUACUUUUAUUAUCAGCUUACCUACUAUAUAUGCAUUGUGGUUCUAAUUUA